AUGCACAAGGUACUGGAGCGGAUUAUCCUGGACCGACUCAUUAAACAUCGUGAAGAAACAACGUGCGACGAGCAAGCUGGUUCUCGUCCUGGCCAAUUUACGAUUGAACAAGUGUUCAUCGUUAGGAGAGUGAUCGAAAUCUGGCAGCGGUACUCGAAGCUAAUGCGAUUAGCCUUCCUGGACUUUGAAGCCGCUUUUGACUCUCCUCAUCGAGGCCGUCUUCUCAACACAGGACCCUUCCUGUUCAACUUCGCUAUCGACGACAUCAUGCGAAGAACAGUUGCUCAGUGUGCUGCCGACAUUUUAUUAGCACCAUCAGGGUGCUCUUGA